AUGCUCGGUGGAACGUUUCAGAAGCGCAGAUUUAAGGGACCGGAGCAUGCCCGUAUGUCUUUAGGGUCACAGAGAAAAGCCCGUUACUCUGCCCAGUCAAAUGGUCUGGGUCACAAGCCAACUUGUCGCCAUUUUGCUAAGAACAGGUUCAAACCUAAUAACAUACCAUCAGAUGCCGUAUCUGCAGAUGAAGUCAGUCAACCUGAUGAUACCGGUGCUGAUCUGACUUUGCCCUCUGAUAUACUGGUCUCAGACCCUUCGUCUGCAAAUAAUCUGGAGGAAGCAAAGGUGCUUGCUUCUUCCUCCGUCAUGCUCGUUGCUGGCAUUGCCGUCGGGGAGACUAAAAAGCCUCAACAUAAUCAUCCCAUUGUCGGUGGUUCUCCUGCUAAAAUUGUGGAUAAAUUAUCCCAAAAAGCUGAAAAAUUUCAUUCUACAACUGAGUCAGGAAAAAAAAAUAUUGAAUUUAAGCAUGUAUCUGGGUUGAAUCAUCCCAGUGAGUUGCCUGAUCGCUCUUCGCCCUUCGUCACUAUUAGUUCGAUAUGCGACUCAGUCCAUUAA